AACAGACGAGAUUUUGUCUUCCGUCAGAAUGCCCGAGCCAGCCAAGUCCGCCCCAGCGCCCAAGAAGGGCUCCAAGAAAGCCGUCACCAAGGUUCAGAAGAAGGACGGCAAGAAGCGGAGGAAGAGCAGGAAGGAGAGCUAUGCCAUCUACGUCUACAAGGUGCUGAAGCAGGUCCACCCCGACACCGGCAUCUCCUCCAAGGCCAUGGGCAUCAUGAACUCCUUCGUCAACGACAUCUUCGAGCGCAUCGCAGGGGAAGCCUCCCGCCUGGCUCACUACAACAAGCGCUCCACCAUCACCUCCCGGGAGAUCCAGACCGCCGUGCGCCUGCUGCUGCCCGGAGAGCUGGCCAAGCACGCCGUCUCCGAGGGCACCAAGGCCGUCACCAAGUACACCAGCGCCAAGUGAGCGCCGCCCCCGCUCUCCGGACCCAACGGCUCUUCUCAGAGCCCCCACCCUGUCUCCAG